AUGCAGCUUAGAAGUUAGAUAUAACCAAAAGUGCCAGCGGUAGAAGUAGACCGACCAAAAAGCAUCAAGCCUAAACUCCCCUCUCCUCUGAAAUAGAUAAAAAUGCCAGCUGAGCCCAAGCAUGACUUGUUUCACUUGUCCUGCUGCGACUACGAUAAGUUAAGAAAGUUUAUGCUGGGAGACUAGACUAUGCUGGACCUUCAAAGUCACACCUUUAAACUGACUUUCUCAUCCACUACAGUAAUACCCUUGAAAAAUCUAGAUGUAAAGUUGCUGGAUUAUCAAAGAGUCCACAAUAAAAUGCCUUCUCCCAGAGAUUUCAUUCGCUCUGACAGACUUGAUUGCUAGUUUUAGAGGAUUAUCUUCAAGACAUUGAAAAUUGCUGGUGUUGAUGCAAUUCAGAUAAUCAAUGAAAGUGAUAUAAACUUUGAUCUAGUGGCAUUAAAUAAAUUCACUAGAGAUAAUCAGAGGCAAGACCCUUAUAGCUGGAACCAUCUGAAGUCAAAUGUAAGAGGCUAGAAGAUUCUGUUUGCUCAGGCCUCGAUGUAUGUCUACACCACAAACCUAAUGAUGCUUAAGUUCCCAGACCAAGAGAACUAUUUCUACCUUAUAUCCAAGAUGAGUCUGGGAGAGCAAGAACUGUGUGACCUUAUUUAGAAUUUAAUGGAGAGCAAGAUCUCCGACAUAGAACUUGGCAAGAGAAGGCGUCAGGCUAUUGACCUAGAUACUGACUAUCGUGAUCCAGUUAAGAGGCCUAAGCAGCUCAGCUAAAAGAGAGUUUGGAAUAUAAAACCUUAAGUCAAGCCAGUUGAAUAGCCCAAAUUUUAAAUCACUCUUAGGGCUUUAAUCCCUGAUGAGAUCUUUUAUUCGAAAGAAGCUGAAGAGCAAUGCAAUAUCUGCUGUGAGAAAAUUAGAUAGAUACAGCUAACUCAACUAAAGCUUAAUGUAGGCGGCAAUUCCUGUGCUCACGUGUUCUGCUUUGACUGCAUUUUUCAAUGGGCGACCAAGUAAUGCAACUAGUGCCCUCUCUGUAGGAAGAACUUUAAUAAACUAUAGAGGCCUACAAAUGAGCUGCAAAUCCCCUAGAACCUCUAUUUUUAUGAGUUAAUAAACAUUGCUGACAAGAAGUAAGCCAUAAACUACUAAGAAUUGAUAUAAGACAUGCAGAAUCAAGACAAUGACAAUCAGUCUGUGGAUGAAGAUUAGUAUUUGAUAGAAGACUUCUUUCAUAACGAGAAUCACUCACAAAACUCUGAUGAUUAGCAAGUAUUGGCUUCACGAAGAAACUCUCAUGCACUCGGUCACAUAUUCAUGGUUGUGAGAUCUCAUGUAAGCGAAUUCUCAAAUAGCUUUGACAGCUAUUAUCUUCCAAGUUUCAGUCCUAUCCCUCAUGAGCCGAUGCAGUAUCGAGAGCAUAUAAUCGCAUACUCACAAUCUGAGGCUCAAGACCUUUAAGUCUCGUAGAAUGCCGUUCAAAUAAACUUGUCAGAGAGUUUAGGCUUGCAAAGUAAUAUGAGCUAUUAAAACCCUGAGGAAAGAGAGCAAACUCUGACAUCAUCAGACCAGAUAUUAAAUACAAGCGCAGAUUCAUCCACAAUGGUAAACAGAUCUCUGCUUCAAAGGAUAUUCGACAGUAUUGACAGGUAAAACUUCCAGUCCAUUGGAGUAAGCUUUUAUGAAAGUCUAAGAUAUACCUUGUCUAACUAAGCCAAUUAAGAUUCCAACAGUGAGGACAGAAACUUCAACUGA